AUGACGGGCGAGGUGGGCUCUGAGGUUCACCUAGAAGUCAAUGAUCCAAAAAUCGUUUCACAAGAAGCAGACAAUCCUUCAGACAGUGGACAGGGCAGCUUUGAAACAAUUGGGCCCUUGAGUGAAAGAGAUUCAGAUGAGGAGAUAUUUGUGAGUAAAAAAUUGAAAAGCAGGAAGGUGCUACAAGACAGUGAUUCUGACACAAAUGUCUCUCCAGAAGAAACUACCUAUGACAGUGCGGAGGAGGAAAAUAAGGAGAAUUUAUAUGCUGGAAAAAAUGGAAAAAUCAAAAGGAUUUACAAAACUCUGGCAGACAGUGAUGACAGUGACAUGGAAGAGUCUUUGUAUAAGGAAAAUCUUGAAACCCAAGUGACACCUUGCUUAGAACUGAGUCUUCAAUCUGGAAACUCUGUGGACUUUACCACUAACAGAAAGAUUUCUCAAAAACCCAUAUGUGAUAAAGAAGGAACUAGAGGAAAAGCAAAAGUAAAAUCAAAGAGAAGACUUGAGAAAGAGGAGAGAAAGGUGGAAAAAAUUAGGCAGCUAAAAAAGAAGGAAACAAAAAAUGAGGUAGAUGAUGCUGAAUGGCCAUUUAAUGAAAGUGGCGGUCUUCUUGUGGAUAAAGACCUUUUUGAAACUGGGUUGGAGGAAGAAAAUAACUCUCCAUUGGAAGAUGAAGACUCAUUAGAAUCAAUAAGGGCAGCUAUGAAAAACAAAGUAAAAAAGCACACGAAAAAGGAACUGUCUUUGGAGAGUGGAGUCUAUUCAUUUGAAGAAGAAAGUGAGUUAUCAAAAGGCACCGUGAGGAAGGAAAGGAAGGCAGCCAAGUUAAGUAAGGAAGCGUUAAAAAAACUGCAUAGUGAGACUCAGCGCCUUAUUCGAGAGUCUGCACUUAAUCUUCCAUAUCAUAUGCCUGAGAAUAAAACCAUUCAUGAUUUCUUCAAACGUAAACCCCGGCCCACUUGCCAGGGAAAUGCCAUGGCGCUACUGAAGUCAUCUAAGUAUCAGUCAAGCCAUCACAAAGAAAUCAUAGACCCUGCAAAAAUGAAUAGUGACCACCAUAGCAAAGGUUCUGAGAAGACAACAGGUGCAGAAUAUGAAAAGGAAAUUAAUGCACUCCCUGUUGUUUCAAAGGAAUCCCACAUCACUACUGUAUCAGAUGAGUCUUGUGGUAAGGAUUUGGUGAGAAGUGAAGAGCUAGAAAUUCAGGAGAAACAGAAGCAGAGUGAUGUUAGACCUUCACCUGGGGACAGCUCAGUGUCACAACAGGAAUCCGGCUUCAUCAGGAACAAGGACAGUGAGGAGAAUCAGGCUGGAGGGCUUGUAGCAUUUGAUCCUCAUGCCCUGAAGGGAGAAGAAGGCCUGAAAAAAACAGGAGAAACAGGUGAGAAACUGGAAGAGCUCGGGCAGCCAACUAAAUCAGCAGCAGCUGUGCCACCUGAAAAAGUGAGAAGGUUCACUCUGGAUAGACUUAAGCAACUGGGAGUAGAUGUUUCCAUUAAACCUCGGCUGGGUGCUGAUGAAGAUUCCUUUGUGAUACUUGAUGAACUUGAAACCAACAGAGAACUGGAAGCCUUGAAGCAACGUUUCUGGAAGCAUGCUAACCCAGGAGCUAAACCCAGGGCUGGUCAGAAGGUGAAUGUGAACAUCAUAGUGAAAGACGUUGGCACUGAUGGAAAGGAAGAGCUAAAGCCCGAAGUGGUGCCUGUGACUUUGGCAGCUGAGAAGCUGGAUGGAACAAGCUACGCAAAACCAGGUGAAAAGCUUCAGGUGCUAAAAGCUAAACUGCAAGAGGCAAUGAAACUCCGAAGAUUUGAGGAGCGCCAAAAGCGCCAAGCACUAUUUAAAUUAGAUAAUGAGGAUGGGUUUGAGGAAGAGGAGGAGGAGGAGGAAGAAAUGACGGAUGAGUCUGAGGAAGAUGGGGAAAAGGAGGUAGAGAAAGAAGAGGAAGAGGAGGAAGAAUUAGAGGAAGAGGAGGAGAAAGAAGAAGAAGAAGAAGGCAAUCAAGAGAUUGCAGAAUUCUUUCUUAGUAGUGAAGAAAUAGAAACCAAAGAUGAGAAAGAAACGGAUAAAGAAAAUAAUGAUGGCAGUAGUGAAAUUGGCAAGUCAGUUGGCUUUCUCUCUGUUCCCAAGCCUCUCUCAUCAGAUUCUACCUUACUUCUAUUUAAGGACAACUCUUCUAAGAUGGGUUACUUUCCUACUGAAGAAAAAUUAGAAACAGAUGAAAACCCAGGCAAACAGCCUAGCAAACUGGAUGAAGAUGAUUCAUGUUCAUUGCUAACAAAGGAGAGCAGCCACAAUAGCAGCUUUGAGCUGAUUGGCUCCACAAUUCCAUCCUAUCAGCCUUGCAACAGACAAACAGGACGUGGGACCAGUUUUUUCCCUACAGCAGGAGGGUUCAGAUCUCCUUCCCCUGGGCUAUUUCGAGCUAGUUUGGUCAGCUCAGCUUCUAAGAGUUCAGGGAAGCUGUCUGAGCCUUCACUUCCCAUAGAGGAUUCCCAGGAUUUGUAUAAUGACUCCCCAGAGCCUAAGACACUCUUCCUGGGAGCAGAAGACUUCCAGUUCUGUUUAGAAGAUGACACUCAGAGCCAACUGUUGGAUGCAGAUGGGUUCUUAAAUGUUAGAAACCACAGGAAUCAGUACCAAGCUUUGAAGCCUCAAUUGCCACUGGCCAGUAUGGAUGAGAAUGCGAUGGAUGCCAACAUGGAUGAGCUGUUGGAUUUGUGCACUGGAAAGUUUACAUCCCAGACUGAAAAACGUCUACCCAGAAAGAAUGACAAGAAAGAGAACAUGGAGGAACUUCUGGAACUUUGCUCAGGGAAAUUCACUUCUCAGGAUGCCUCCACUCUGGAUACAUCAGAGUUAAAUAAGCAGGAGAAGGAGAACAGCAUGGGCGAUCCAAUGGAAGAUGCACUUGCUCUUUGCUCAGGUUCUUUCCCAACAGACAGGGAAGAAGAAAGUGAAGAGGAGGAAUUUGGAGACUUUCAGCUUGUCCCAAACGAUAAGGAGUUUGAUGGUGAUGAGAAUGAACAUAGUGACUCUGGUAAUGAAGAUCUGGCACUAGAAGACCAUGAAGAUGAUGAUGAAGAAAAACUCCUGAAGCAGUCCGAAAGGUUGAAAAGGCAAAUGAGAUUGAAGAAAUACCUGGAGGAUGAGGCAGAGGUGUCAGGGAGUGACGUGGGAAGUGAGGACGAAUAUGAUGGGGAAGAGCUUGAUGAAUAUGAAGAGGAUGUAAUUGAUGAAGUGCUUCCUUCUGAUGAGGAACUACAGAGUCAAGUCAAGAAAAUACACAUGAAAACCGUGUUGGAUGAUGAUAAGAGGCAGCUGCGUCUAUACCAGGAGAGAUACCUUGCUGAUGGGGAUCUGCACAGCGAUGGUCCUGGGCGAAUAAGGAAAUUCCGGUGGAAAAACAUAGAUGACGCUUCCCAGAUGGACUUGUUCCACAGAGACUCUGACGAUGAUCAAAUCGAAGAACAACUUGAUGAGACAGAAGCCAGAUGGAGGAAGGAGCGAAUUGAACGAGAGCAAUGGCUUCGGGACCAGGCACAGCAAGGGAAAAUUAUAGCUGAAGAAGAAGAAAUUGGGGAAGACAGUCAGUUUAUGAUGCUAGCCAAGAAAGUGACAGCUAAAGCACUGCAGAAGAGUGCCAAUCGCCCUGUGGUUAUUCAAGAGUCAAAGUCUUUACUUACAAACCCUUUUGAAGCCAUCAGACCGGGAAGUGCUCACCAGUUGAAGACAGGCUCACUGUUAAACCAGCCCAAAGCUGUGCUUCAGAAACUGGCUGCCCUCUCUGACCUCAAUCCCAGCGCUCCCCGAAAUUCAAGGAACUUUGUCUUUCACACACUUUCUCCUGUGAAGGCUGAGGUGGCAAAGGAAUCAUCUAAGCCUCAGGUGAAGAGAAGGGGUCCAUCUUUAAUGACAUCCCCUUUACCUAAGCACCUCAAAACAGAUGAUAGCACUUCAGGAUUGAAGCAAAGCAUCUUCAGAUACUUGGAAAGUUAACACCAUCAAGGGUGCCAGCAUCUAUGCUGUGACUGCUUUGAGAAGUUCCUGGCAUUGAAGGUUGGAAUAGAUGCUCACACUGGUGAUCCCACCUUCCUUUAUAAUCAGUGCAUUAAGACUGUGGACAGUGAUUCCAGUGUUUUCUACUACGCACCCUAGACAUCUCUUUCUUUUUCUAGUAUUUUUUCUUGGGUUGGCCACUACUUAAUUCUACAGUGUUUACAACAUCGACUCAAGGAAUACUUGGGUGAAGUCUCACUUCCUCUAUUAAACAUUUGACAUUUAAUCCUAGCAGCUUCCUGGGUUAAUACCUCUUUGUAAUAGGGGUGGUUGGAAGAGGUGGAAAAAGUGUGGCAUUACAAGAAAUCACAGAAAGCAGUGAAAGUCAGCACCAGAAUAACUCCUUCAUACUGGUAAGAUCUGUACCAUGGUGACCAGGACUCAACGCAAGACUUCUUAGAGGACCAAGAAAACAACAGAUGGGCUGUUAUAUUAAUCUUGCCCCUUCCAUUUUCCUGUAUACUUCUUCCCAAGGCAGCCUCAAAUUUCAAAUUAACCUUUGCUGCCUUUAUGAUAGGGACUUAAACUGGUACCCAAGUCAGAAAGACCUUGACCCUAAUUUUCUGGAUUAUGGGGAUGAAGACAGAGGGUUAUAUCCAGAGCUGUCCACAUUAGAUAUUCUAGGGGACAGAGAAAUCUUUCCUAGGACUAAAUUCUCAGUUUGAAACACUAUUGCUCAAGGACCUCCCUUCAGUCUGACAAGAAAUAUAACCAUUAUUUAUUACAAUCUCCUGGGUUGAGUACAUACCCUGAUGUUUUAGUAUUUCAUUACUAAUUUCAAGAGAAGACCACCAUGGAGUUUAAUAAAAAUAUUGUUGAAGAGAAUUGCCAUCACUCUGUUUUCCUUGAACUACUGUGAGGCUCUCAGAAUUUUAGAUAGGUUUUUUUUCCCCCUUAACUGAGCAUCAUUGCUGCUUUGGAAAAACAUUUCAAGUGAAUACUGUGGUUUCAGUGUCAGGAGCUGGACUGGGAUGUUGGAGGAGAUUGUGCCCGUUUUUUGGGGGGAGAUGGGAAAAACCAAUUUAAUUGAUGAAAUUAGGGUGUAGGUUUUCUAUAGUUUUUUCUAAUACUCAAGAUGCUGACUUUGACAGAACUCAUAUUUGUAUAUUUGUAAUCUUGUAAUGAGGAAAAUGUAUAUAAAGAUGUUUUAAUAUGUAUGUAGUUUUUCAAUAAAUCUCAAUACCUUGAA